AUGAGGAAGCUAAAGUAUCACGAGAAAAAGCUGCUUAAGAAAUUAGAUCUCUUGGAGUGGAAAAGAGAGAACAAUCACAGAGAAGCCCAUGUUAUGCAACGUUACCACAUCGUUGAGCGUGACGAUUACAAGAAGUAUUCUAAUAUUUGCCGGAUGGUGCAGAAGUUGACUAACAUUUUGAAGCAGAUAGACCCUAGAGACCCUUAUCGUGUUGAAAUGACUGCCACGCUUUUGGAGAAGCUCUACAACAUGGGUGUGAUACCGAGCAGGAAAAGCUUGGCAUUGUGUGAUCGCUUGUCAGUGUCAUCCUUUUGCAGACGUAGGCUUUCAACUGUUUUGAUGAGAUUGAAGUUUGCUGAACACUUAAAAGAAGCCAUAACAUACAUUGAGCAGGGGCAUAUUCGUGUAGGUCCUGAUACAGUUACUGACCCAGCGUUCCUGGUAACAAGGAAUAUGGAAGACUUUGUUACUUGGGUAGAUACAUCAAAGAUAAAGAGAAAGGUGCUUGAAUAUAACGAGAAUUUGGAUGAUUACGAUGCAAUGAACUGA